AUGUUAUCGUGCCACAGCGGCGUGUUUGGAUGCCAUUGCGAGAUGUCAUCGCGCCACAGCGGCGUGUUUGGAUGCCAUCGCGAGAUGUCAUCGCGCCACAGCGGCGUGUUUAGAUGCCAUUGCGAGAUGUUAUCGUGCCACAGCGGCGUGUUUGGAUGCCAUCGCGAGAUGUCAUCGUGCCACAGCGGCGUGUUUGGAUGCCAUCGCGAGAUGUCAGCGCGCCACAAAGCGCGCCACAGCGGCGUGUUUGGAUGUCAUUGCGAGAUGUUAGCGCGCCACAGCGGCGUGUUUAGAUGCCAUCGCGAGAUGUUAGCGCGCCACACGCCAUGUUUACACUUCAGCAUCCACCAAAAUGUCACAACACAUCACGACGAGGAGUUAAUAACGCGUUCGUAA